UUUGAAUUCAUAUCCCAACAUGCAACAAAAAUUAAGAUAUUUUUAGCUGUUAGAAACCAAGCACCUUGAAUAUGAAGUUAAAGCGCUUUUUGCUACGGUAUUACCCUCCUGGGAUCAUAUUGGAGUAUGAGCAAGGAGGAAACCUGAAAACCAAAUCAAUAGAUCUCCUAGACUUAAAAGUAGAAACUGAUGUUGAUGCUGUUGUGGACGAGAUAUCUCGAAAGGAACCAUUGAUUACGGCAUCCAAAGCAGAACAAGUCCGAAAACUUGUACAAAGAUUACAAGAAAAACUAGCCCAGAAAGAUGAUCAUCACUUUUACUUAUUCAAGGUGCUAAGAGCCCAUAUCUUACCGUUAACAAAUGUUGCAUUUAACAAGUCAGGAUCCAGUUUUAUCACGGGGAGCUAUGACAGGACCUGUAAGGUGUGGGACACCGCAUCAGGGGAGGAGCUACACACCUUAGAGGGACACCGCAAUGUUGUUUACGCCAUUGCAUUCAACAAUCCUUAUGGAGACAAGAUUGCUACUGGUUCCUUUGACAAAACUUGCAAACUGUGGAAUUCAGAAACUGGAAAAUGCUACCAUACUUUUAGAGGGCAUUCUGCUGAAAUUGUUUGCCUGAGCUUUAAUCCUCAGAGUUCUGUCGUGGCAACCGGGAGUAUGGACACUUCGGCCAAAUUAUGGGACGUCCAAACGGGACAGGAACUAGUCUCCUUAUCGGGUCAUUCUGCUGAGAUUAUCUCCCUUUCUUUUAACUCGACUGGAACACAGCUGAUCACUGGAUCCUUUGACCAUACUGUGUCAGUCUGGGACAUCAAUUCAGGAAAGCGGAUACAUUCACUAAUUGGACACAAGGCGGAGAUCAGCAGUGCUCAGUUUAACUGGGACUGUUCACUGAUAGCAACUGGCUCUAUGGACAAAACCUGUAAAAUCUGGGACCCACCCUCAGGGCGCUGUAUCGGUACUCUGAGGGGACAUGAUGAUGAGGUACUAGACGUGGCAUUUGACUACACAGGACAGAUGUUACUGACUGCCUCAGCUGAUGGAACAGCCCGGUGCUACAAUGCUGUCUCUCAUAAUCUCCUCUCCAAGUUUGAGGGACAUGAAGGGGAGAUUUCUAAGAUAACCUUUAACCCACAAGGAACCUCAGUACUAACGGCCAGUUCUGACAAGACAGCUCGUCUUUGGGAUCCAGAAACGGGGCGAUGCAAGCAGAUCUUGGAGGGCCACACAGACGAAAUCUUCAGCUGCGCGUUUAAUUAUGAAGGCAACACCAUCAUUACUGGUAGCAAAGAUAAUACUUGCAGAAUAUGGAGAUGAGAAGAGUCUACGACAGUUGUUCAUUUAUUUAUAACUGACAGUAUUAUGGUGCCAAUGUUUAAUGCCUCGAUAUAUGUAUGUGUCCCCAGUGAAAGGAUGUAAAAGCAUUAAACAUUCCACGCUAUGUUACCUUCACUUCAGAACUCCAAGAGUUUCUUCAUUUUAAGGAUGUUGUGGUCGGGGAAUUUAACAGCCUUCAAAAACUCCUUUUUGCCAAGAUUUAACACAAGUAUUUGUUUGGCACUUUCUUCAUAAAGAAAAUGAUAAGACAGCAAUGUUAAGAAUUGGUGUUGAAUUGUGAUAUAAAAUGAUAUGAUAUACAGAUGUUUUCAAACAGCCGUCCAGUGCAACAGAAAUCCAUUCCUUUCAGUUUAUUUACAAUUUUUAUUUUAUUAUACAUUCCUGUUAGUCUUUUAAUUUGGAACUUAAAUUGCCGUCCAGUUUACAAACUGAACAUGUGUAUGAUUUUAUUACUGUUGUGGUAUUUUAAUUUAGUGGCAUUUCCGCAACUAUUUUAUGAUGUAUAUUUACAAUUAUUUUUACAAUGUUCCACUUGUAUUAUACUUGUAUUAUACUUGUGUUAUACUUGUGUUAUACUUGUGUUAUACUUGUAUUAUACUUGUAUUAUACUUGAAUUUUAAUGAACAUUCCAUGUAACCUUAAAGAAUUUAAGAAGAUAUCCUGAAUAUUUAUUUAUUGACCUAAGGGAUAUCUGAUUCAUUGCAUUUUUACUUACUAUUUCGUCUUUGUAAUUUUGCAAGGAACUGCUCAAAUUAUACAUUUUCUUUGUUUUGUUGCAAGGUUAAUUCAAGUUAGCAUAAAUUUUUCCGACUAGGCUCAAAGUGCUCAUUUCUUUUUAAAUAGAACGCAUCCAAAAAAUUUGUUGACUUAACAUUUGUAAUUUAGAAUAGUGAAUUUUUCAAUGUUGUUGUAAGAUUUUAAAGCUGUUGUAAGCUAGGGGAUGCCUUAGAAUUUCUGUGGACACGAGUCUGUCUGUAUUGGCAUUCAAUGAAUGACUGGAGAGGUCAAGGUCACAAGAAUUCCAUGUUUAUUUUUAACUUGUUUAGUUUUAGUACAGUGCACAUGUAUGAUCUAUGAUGUGUUGAUAGCUAAACUCAGAUGAAGAACAAGCCUAUGUUGGUUUUAAGUUUCCUCCUCAGACUUGUGAUUAACAUGAUUUAGAAUUUUUUUUUUGUUGUGACAAGUUUUUCCAAACACCUUAAAAUUUGAAAUUUACAUGAUAGGACCGUAAAUGCGUUAAAUCGGAUUGUAUUUCUUUCUUCACAAAUCACAGAUUUAUUUUGCUUGUGAAUUUGCACGGAUGCCACAUUCUUUUUGUUUAAUGUGGAAAUAUGGUGGAAUACGUUGGACAAUUAUAAAAUUGUAUGGCAUGUGAAAAAUUGGAUGUUGUUGGGCUUUUCAUGCUUGUGUAUACUUGUACUUAAUUUAUUAUUUUCAAAAAAGUGACAUUACAUCAUCUAUGGGAUACAUGUUCAAGUAGAAUGAAUCUGAUGAAGAGAUGGGAUUUUGAAUGUAGCAAGUCAAAUGGUAAGAUUAUGUGUAUGUACUCAUCAUGUUUAUAAUUGAUCUGGUAAAUUAUUUCUGUUGACUAAAAUUAAGCUGUAUAUUGCAACACUAUCAGACAAAUGAAUACAUUUUCAGUGAUGGAGAUUUCUUGUUUUAAUUUGUAUACAAUGUUUUGUGGCUUAAUACUAUUAGAAUCCUUUUAAAGUGUGUAGUUCUUCAUUGUGCAGAAGCAAUGUUUCAGAGUUUGACAAUUUGCCUUUGUUCUGCAUAUUCAUGCAGGUUUCUUUGGUGUAUGCCAGUGCAAUUUUUGUUCAAAUAUUCCAUAGAAAUGCAAUUAAAGAAUUAAAAAAAAUAUU